CUUGGGCUGCGUGGAGCGUGAAGCACAGAUUUGGGGUACAUGAGCUGGCAUCGAUGGGUACCUGGAGGGUCACUGGAGACGGUGAGGCAUUGAUAGGCUUCCACGAGACUACUUAGUGGUAGUCACCACCUCGGUCCAGUGAAGAUGAUCGACUGCAGGCUCAGGGCAAUUCCUGCCUCUGCCAAGGCAAAUCCGGACUUUGGGCCAGCAGCGGCCUUCCUUGUUUACUGGGAGCCACUCAGCCUAUCACAUGCCAGCACCCGUCAAGUGCACGGCCUCCCGUCGCACCCGCCGGGCGUCCAAUCCAUGUGGCCCAGGGUCGUUGACGUGACGUGUUUUCAACCGAGCUGACCGGCCUUGGUACGCAUUUUGGUCUAAUUUUUCAAGCCCAUCCCCAGCUUCCCUGCAUUAAACCGCAUCGCCAGCACCCCAGCGCCCCUAAAUUUGCCCCUCCUCACCCGCCGCUGGUGGGCUUCCAACAGGCCACCAAUCUCGGCCGAAGUCUGACGGGCCGCAUUGCUGGCGCUGCCUCCCUCUAUCCUCCUCCUCCUCCUGACGAUGUGGUGGAGGCUCACGGCCUUCCACAGCAUCGCCUCUCACGCUGGAUCCAAUAUCACUGGCCACGCCCAACACCAUCACCAAACGCCCUCAGCAGCCACAGCCGCAGCCGCAGCAAGCGCCUGAAACCACCUCGGCCCCCACCCCAGAGCCUCCGCCUUGCUCUCGCGUCUCCCGACGGGACAACCAUCUCGCAUCUCUCGCCGUUUCUUGCGCACCGACACCAUCGCUGUUUUACUUCUCUGUCCAGCGCCUGCGCUUUUUCCAGCGCGGCCGAACUCUCGCAGGGCUGAUAUCUUUGCCCCCACUUCCUCUUUUCGCGCUCGAGCACGACGACGAAGCCGUCACCAUGUCUGCCGCCGUCCAGAGGCCGCCAACCACCCGUGUCAUCUCGCCGAGUCCCACGCCGUCCGAGAGACUGAGGGAUGCCCAGGCAUCCUCUCAGGACUCAUACCUUGGGCCCACGACGAGGUCAGCCGCCCGCAAGCGGCUGUCGACCCCGCAGCCCGUCGAGGAGGACAUGGACGAGGAUGAAUAUGAUGGCAACCCAGACGCUCGAAGACCUCGCACACGAAGCCGCAGCCCCAUCAAGUCGCGCCGCGUUGCGCCGCUGUCGUCAGCCAAUGGUGCUAAGGCGGCCAAAAUCAGCAAAACAAAGGCCACCACGCUUGCACCGACUCCUGAGUACGCCACCGAUGAAAAGAAGAGUAAAGGCAGCGCCACCGGUGCAACACCUGUUCUCCCUGCCAUCAAGACCAACGGCCACCUCGCGCCACCAACGACUGCCCCGCCGUCGUCGACCUCAUACUGGAGCUGGCGCGACUUCAGCCGGAGCCCUUCUCCUCUCGGGCUGAUCCCCAUCCACCGGCACUGGCGCACCUUUGUGCACAAGCACGAGGUGCCGCGCAAGUUCCUGCACGUCUCGAUCGGCUUCGUGGUCGUGUGGCUGUACCUACGCGGCACGCAGGCCGACGCCGUGUGGCCGUGGCUCCUGGCGGCGCUGGUGCCCGUCUCGGCCGUCGAUCUGCUGCGCCACCACCACCCGGGCUUCAACCGCUUCUACGUCUCGGUCCUGGGCGCGCUGAUGCGCGAGUCCGAGUUCUCGGGCUACAACGGCGUCAUUUUCUACCUCCUCGGCGCCCUGAUCGUACUCUACUGCUUCCCCAAGGACGUCGGCACCGUCGGCACCCUCCUCCUCAGCUGGUGCGACACGGCCGCGAGCACCUUUGGCCGCCUCUACGGCGCCUACACCCCACGCAUCCGCCGCGGCAAGUCCCUCGCCGGCUCAUCGGCCGCCUUCCUGGUCGGCGUCGCCACCGCCGCCUCCUUCUGGGGCUGGCUCGUCCCCACCUACGGCCCGCUGCCCGGCGACGAGGCCUUCAUGUUCAGGGGCUCGCUGUCCCUGCCCCCCGCCGUCGCGGAGCCGCUCGGCUUAUCUGCGGCCCAGGCCACCGUGUCUGGCCCGGUGGCGCUCGGCGUCGUGAGCCUUUGGUCCGGCUUCGUCGCGGCCGCCAGCGAGGUGGUCGAUGUUUUCGGCUGGGAUGACAAUCUUACCAUUCCGGUACUUUCUGGCUUCUUCAUCUGGGGAUUCCUCAAGGCCUUUGGCUGAGGCACGCACUGUGUGCAAUAACUAGCUUUACAUUUUCCCUCCUGGGUUUCCUAUUAGACUACACUCACUACACAUAUUCUUAAUCCUGUCUUUACAUACAGUAUUUUUUUUUUUUGCGAAGGCAUUCUGGUUUUGCAGCCUCCAAAGCUGUGUUGCUGUUUUACCUGGGUUUCGCGUAUUCUUAUGUUACGUGGCUGGGCGUGACGUGCAAGAGAUGUAUGGGAAAUGAUGUAUGGAUGCAAUGCCGAGUUUGACCGUUCAGCUCCAACUCUAGCUAGACGCAUGUGUAUACCUAGAUUUUAUGAUAUUCAAGACGAGGGUUAUCACAGUCACAACAAUGCGGGCGCUUUAAG